CGUUUCUUAAUUUGUCGAGCAGAUUUGAAUCGCAAAAUAACGCCUAAUAGUUGGGAUCGGCGCGCCACGUGUCGUUCCCGAUUCGGACGGCGUUUGUUUUGAAUGCGCGGCCGCCUGCGCGCCGCUCUUCCGUGCACGGCCCACUUGAUGCCGUACGGUUUGCGUUUACGUUUUUCAUUCGGGGCGACGAGCACGCGAUCCCGGUACCCGUGUCGAUGGUUCGACGUCACGAUUCUCGAACUCCGCAGGCUGUUUGAUUCUGCUGCUAACAAAGUGGCGCAGUCAGACGUACGUGUAUCACCCGUAGACAACAUGUCGACCGCCAUAAUCAACGGCCACAACACGAGCACGGAAGAUUUUACGAAGCACGUAUUUGGAGGAGGCCCCGCCCAUGCAGAACAAGUUAUCGAGGAGAACAAAACGUGCGGGAAGAUACUGACGGUCCUGUCAUGGGUGCUGGUCGUACUCACGAUGCCGUUUUCCCUGCUGGUCUGUUUCAAGGUAGUGCAGGAGUACGAGAGGGCGGUUAUUUUUAGACUCGGCCGGCUGCUUUCUGGCGGAGCCAAAGGGCCAGGGAUAUUCUUCAUCCUGCCGUGCAUAGACGCGUACGCCCGCGUGGAUCUGCGCACCAGGACUUACGACAUUCCCCCGCAGGAGGUACUAACCAAAGACAGCGUGACAGUUUCGGUGGACGCCGUGGUCUACUAUCGCGUAUCGAACGCCACCGUGUCGAUCGCCAACGUCGAGAACGCUCACCACUCCACCAGACUGCUGGCCCAGACCACGCUGCGGAACAUAAUGGGCCAGCGUCCCCUGCACGAGAUACUCAGCGAACGCGAGAGCAUCUCCCAGCACAUGAAGGCGCUCCUCGAUGAGGCGACUGACUCCUGGGGGAUCAACGUGGAACGGGUCGAAAUCAAGGACGUCCGUUUGCCGGUUCAGCUGCAAAGGGCGAUGGCGGCCGAGGCGGAGGCCGCCCGCGAGGCCAGGGCCAAAGUGAUCGCCGCCGAGGGCGAGCAGAAGGCCUCCAGGGCCUUGCGCGAAGCCUCCGAGGUCAUCGGUGACUCGCCCGCGGCCCUGCAACUUCGCUACUUGCAGACUCUGAACACGAUAUCGACCGAGAAGAAUUCGACGAUCGUGUUCCCGCUGCCGAUCGACAUUCUGUCGUAUUUCAUGAAGCACAUGGAACACAAGGAGUAAAAUUCCCAAGCGUCCAUUGGCGCGCGUUCAACGAUUUUCAGAGACUAAUUGAAUAUCCUGUUAUUUAUCGUCGGGUAUUGUUACAUAUGGUAUAUAUAUUAUUACGUCCUAUAUAUUAUAUAUUUUGCUUCUAAAGGCACCGAUGUUUAUACCGUGCUUUUGUUUUUGGUUGGUCACUAAAUCUUCAUCAACAUCUGACAACGUCGCGUCCAAUAAAUCCAACAAAUCACUAUCUUUCUAGACGGUUUCAAGUUUAAAUUUUAUCCGUUUAUAUUAAUGAACUUUCGCAAUAAAAACAAUAAUCCAAUUAUUUAAUUACAAAAAUGUUAAGAAUUUUUGCUUACAAUAUUAUAAAAUAUGACGGGAUUGACGCGUCUCAAGCUUAUAAAGUUAAAACAAUUAAUACAAUUAAUUGUUGUUGCGGUUAUUGCGCGAGCGACUCUAAAGAAGACAAGAUUCCGGAGGUGGCCUGUUUAGUUCACGAUUGUACCGCCGUCCGUGAGUGGAGCCACGUGCGGCAGUAUUCGUUUCCGCGAGAUGGCGUAUUAACCGCGAGCGGUCGCGUUUUGCCGUACUAUUAACGGACGAAUUAUAAUCGAAACCUUAAAAAAAGUGCGACGAAGAAACUAGUUGCUCAAGUUUUCGUUUGUUCUGGGCUCCGCGAGUUAUUUUUUUGACUCGUGUUUGAACUUACAUAAAAUAUGACGCGUAACACUAUUUUUGAUAAAGGAAAUCACCCGUUUAAACAUUACCCUUGAAUAAAUGGGAGUAUUUUAAGCCGUUUUAAAGUUUGACGUUGAAAAAAAUUAGCCGUAGUUCGCUGUCUCUUUGGAUAUUGUAGGUAGGAUCGUUCUAGAUUUUAAAACAAUAGCCACGAGGAUUUAUUCAUAAGUACGUAGUCGCUUGCGGGGCGCAUACUAUAGCAAUCUCUUCGUUAAAGCCCCCUACCGGAGGCUAGUUGAACGUUACCAGAGUACCGACGAAAUCAGGUCAUUGUAGGUCACCCAUCGAACAAAAAAAGGUCACUCUCUGUGUGCUCUUUGGUUAUUUAGUUCCACUUUUUUAAAAGUUACGGGGGUCCUUAAUAUUUUAUAAAUUCAAACGCGAAUUAAGUUGUAAACAAAAGAAUUCGCUCGAAAUUCCUAUGAAAUUUCUUCGUACCGCACGCCAUGAUUGGUUUGCAGUUUAUUCGAGGACAACACCCCACAUAGUUACGAAUAUUUUUAAGAGCGAGAGUUAGUUUUUAAUAAAUUUAAUAGAUAAUAAUUUAAUAAGUUUAAACUCAUUUAACAAUUAACAAAUAAUUAAAAUUGGGUUGGGCCUUAUAGAAAAUCAACCAAUGUUGCUAUAAAAUUUAAAAAAAAAUAAAAGCACAGAUAAUUUUGUAAAUAUCCCUGGCAGGUUAUUUUUAAAAUAGCAACAAUUCGAAAAAUAUUUUUCAAACGCUAUUUAUCUAUUGUUAUUUGCAUUAAAAAAAAAACGACAAUAUUUCGCAUAAUUUUAACAACGGGGGAGUACAGGGAGGCAUUCGUAAAAACAGCAAAAAAAAAUAGAAUCGGGAUUUAUUAUCCUGAGUUUCCAACACCAUCGCAACACAAUGAAAGCGCUGAAAGAUCGUCAAAAUACAACAGAGCUUUUAGUUUAAUCGGGCAAAUUUUCGGGGAAUAAGUCAGACUUUUUGAAAAAUAAGUCCGAAUUUCCGAAAAACAAUUUCUGAAGAACAAAUCAGAAUUUCGGAGAUGCAAGGUCAUCGAAAAUAAAAAUAAAAUAUAGGUUUUAAUUUAAUCAAAUAAAUUAGAAUUUCUGAAAAAUAGGCCACAAUUUCUAACAAAUUUAUCAAAAUUUUUGACAAGUUCUUAUAGUAUAAUAAUAAAAAUUGGCAGUUUUCUGACCUGACAAUUACGAAUUUGAAACUCAUUUGAACGUUGCUCCUAGAGUUCCUAGCCUAAAAGUGAUUUUUCGUGGAAGGACCGUCCAACUUUGUCUGCUUUUGGUUAGUUUAAGAUAUUUUUUGCAUUUCGCAAUGUUCUCGUGUCUAAUAACUUCGGUUAAGAGACCGCUGCCCAUUUUUUAUGAAUCACCCUGUAUAUCUGAUGUUCCCAUUCGCAAUACGAGAGACAGUUUUUCGGAAAUUCUGACUCGUUUUUCAGCAAAUCUGACAUAUUUUUCAGAGAUUCCGAUUUACGGCAAAAGUUUUGAGUUAUUGGUCACAAAUAGGCCUAAUUAAACUAAAACCUUACGAAACACAGAGAAUGGCCAUUGUAAUAUCGUUCAAAUUCGGUGCAAUUGCGUAGUUUCUAGUCGUGAGUAGUAGGAUUAACGCCAUACCGUAUCCGACAUAAUUUUCUAGAAGCUAUCUUUGACUAAACUUAAGACCGGCAUGUUUGUUAACGUCUCGCAUUUCUCGUUUAGACCUUGACAAAAAUAUGCCACGGGAAGUUCUCCACCAUUGUCUACCCCGUCCCGAUCGAGCUGUUGACCCCGUUUAAGGAUUACCAGCGUCGGUUUCAAGAGUAGUUAGGAUUACCGAGACCCAUCCCGAGGAUCCACGAGAACGGCAACGUGAAUGAGCUGUGUGUCCUCGGGGCCCUCCGUAUAAGGUCGGCGGGCAAACAGGUAAAGCUCGUGCUGUUUGCCCGCGACUUUCGACCCAUCCCGCGUGUAUUUUAAAUAUUAACUAAUUAAGGUAUCACGGCAAAGCGCCAGAUUGCCCUCCGGUUGAUACUGUUGUGCCAAAAUGGAAUUGAAUCUUCGCAAACCCGCAUUUUGUCUUCUUUAAGUCUUCCGAGGUUCGGCGCUCGCGGAAAACCGGCAACGGUGUAACUUACGCGAUCGGCGCUGGUUUUGCUUUGAAAAUUUGAACUUGAAAAUUGAAAGGUGUCGCAUGAAGUUCCUGGUAUUUGGCCAUUCCGUUCCAUUUUUUAUAAGCCUAUCCGGAAUGUAAAUUUUAACGUUCGGGCCCGUUUGUACUUUUAAAUAUCAGCCGAGAAGCUUAUAAACGUGGAAACAGGCACCGUUGAAUAAUGUAAAUGAAUAUGUGAAAAUUUUGUAGGUGAAAUCGUUCUAAAACAAAGCGCCACACUCUAACAAUAUGACAAAUUGUUACCAUUCCUGCUAAGUAACGCAGGCACUUGUUGCGCUGGAAAAAAGGCCCCAUUCUCAAACGAUGUUCACCUAAUUAUUAUUAUUGCAACGAAGAAAUUGUUCGGAAACAGGUUUACAAAUGAACCAAUGAAUUUAUUCGCUAGAUGACGUUCGCGCCGAUCAGCGGCGUAGCUAUUAGUUUUAUUUACAGAAAUAAGAGGCCACGAAGCACUUACUUAAAUUAUAACGUGCAGUGGUAGCGAUUAAUUCUUUCCCAUAUAAACCGUAAAUUAAGCUAAGCCGCUGAUGCGGCAUUGCCAAUUCUCCCCGUAUAUCAAUGCGUGUGCUGUCGUUCUACUUUUAAAAUCGAUGUAACAACGUAAAUAACUACAUGUAUUUAUAAAUACGAAGGAUGCAUUUUAUAUCACGUUUACCAAUCGUUUAUUGAAUGAUGUCGUGCAGCACUUUCCCAUAUUGGGCGGGCCGAGACAAACGUUCCCCCGCCCCCCCGUGUACCCGCAACAUUUCACCUUCGUAUCUGUAUACCCCGAUUUUAUAAUUGUGUAUUGUUAUUAUUCGCACAUAUCGUCUAUAAGUGUAAAACGUAUGUUUGGCUCAUUAAAUUAUAAAUAAACUCACAUUUGGGUGUU